AUGGCUGCCUCAGUUUAUGCAACUCCCCCGCCCGAUUUCAGCGGUGAAGAAGCGGCCAUGAGUGACACUUCCAACUCAUCGCAGACAAACAGUUCGAACAAUUCCACAAUGAAAGCAACGAAACGAUCGCUGUCGUCGGCCUUUCUGAACUCGCCACAGACGAUCAAUACUGCCACACAGCUCAGCUCGGACAGCAUCCCGGAUUUGUCCAAGAAGCGACGUAAACAGCCCAUGCCCAGUCGAAUCUCGGCUAACGGCACGGAAGAAAACGUAACCCUCGCAGAGGGUAACCCUGAAGUAGUGGACGAUAGCGAAGAAGCGGAAGCAAAUGCCAUAGAAUCGAUUGCAAAUGCGUUUGCUGAACAGCAAAGCAACUUUCAGAAGAUAUUUCUGUCCAACUUGAGUCAAUUACAAAAGCAGCAUCUUCUCAGACAGCAACUGGAGGACCACGUGGAAGAAUCUGCCAAUGAAGAACCUGUACAUAAUGGUUCCAAUCCGAUUAUAUCUCUUAAAAGCCGAGAAAGUUUAUUCGACUUACCGAUAAUUGCCAAGGAUUCUGACGAUGUCAAAGAUGUUUGCCAAACUAUAUGCGACGAUAAACCGGACGAGCAUUGCAAAGAUCAAAACGAAAAUGAGUCCAAAAAUCACAGUUUUGACAAUGGAUCAACUAAUAACAAUGAUACAUCUAUGCAGAGUGAAGAUAAGCAUGACGUGGAGCCUGAUGACAGUAGUAAAAUAACGGACAAUGUACAAAACGGAGAUAGAGUACGAGAUGUUUCUGAAUUCAAUCUUAAAUCAGAAUUGCUCCAAGAUCCAGAAUGGGAUGGAGAAAUUCGUUCUACAUCUACCGCAAACCUUUCCAAACCGGAGGAUUGGCUUUCCUUGCCUGGGUUGCCAUUUCCAUUCUCGCCCGAAGCUGCUGCUGCACUCUCCGCAUCGGGCUACAUGCCUCAGCUUCCAUUGUUGGGAAUGCCGUCCGCAUCAUCUUUUGGAUCAUCGAACGAUUCCAAUCGUCCAAACGUACCACCACUUAGAAUCUUCAACCCGGAAGCUUUUUGUGGGCUGUGCAAUAAAGAAUUCUGCAACAAAUACUUCCUCAAAACGCACAAGGCCAACAAACACGGAAUCUAUGAACCACAAAGUGGAAACAGUGACUCUCUGCCCAACGUUGGUCCUUUCAAUCCUCUUCAUCAGCUUUCACAAGUAUUCCAACUACAGCAGCAACAGCAACAACAGCAGCAGCAGCAAGCUCUUCAGGAACAACAAGACAAGGCAAUGCUCAGCCAAACGAUAAAUUCGGAAGGCCCGACCUCGCAACAAUCCCAGAUGCGUCCAACUGUUUCUCCCAAGCUGCCAAUGAAUUCAAUACAACCGACAGUAUUUUGUGAUAUUUGCUUCAAAAAGUUCAGCAGCCUCAGUGCAAUGCGUAAGCAUCGCAGCAAAGCUCACGAUCCAGCUGGUAACAAUCAGCAACAACAGCAACAUCACGGAUCAGAUACGGGAUCUAAACCACCAUCGCCAACCUCCAAUGCAGAACGUUUGAAUUUCAACUCAAUGCAGUUCCGUUUUCCGGAAGGAUUCCGUGAGGAUUAUUCCAUUGAGCAGGAGGACGCAUCGUUCACCCCUCAGCCGCGUAAGUUGUCACCGCUGUCUAUUCAAGCAGCUCGUGAAGCCAAUUUCUCUGUAGACAAGCUGAAGCGCUUGGGUGUGGUCAACCCGGAGGCGUUUUGUGAGAUAUGCUGCAAAGAGUACUGCAACAAGUAUUUCCUGCGCACUCAUAAGCUAAAAAGACAUGGAAUAUUCUUGCCACCUGAUGAAGUUAAGGAGGAACGUAGCCCAUGGAGCUUUGUCCAAACGAGUCCGUUGAAUCUGAUUGUUAGCGGAGCGGAGAAUCUCGGACAUCCUCCGCCGUUGAAGAAAUUGAAUGAUCGAGAAGAAAGCGAGCAGCUGAUGAAAUCAACUGCUUUGAAGGAAGAACUGUUGAAGAAUACCGACACCAAGGCUGAGGAAGAUGCUCAAGGAGAAGAUGUUGAUGAUAAGGAUGGACCAGUCGAUCAAGAUGGCGAACCGAUCAGUGUGGACUUGCAGAAGUUGCAGUCAAUGAUCAUGCAGCUUAGCGAUUUAAACAACCAACGAAAAAUGUCUUGUGGUAUUUGUGGAAAAGAGGUGGACAAUCAGUAUUUAUUGCAUACCCACAUGAUACAAGAGCACAAUAAUAUGAACGAGAAUAACAAUGGGCUCAAGUCACCGGCGACUGCCACCCCUAUGCCGGCAUCACCGAACGAUUUUGAAGUGUGCAAGCAGUGCGAUAAGGAGUUCUCUAAUGCGUUCAUGUUGAAGCAACACUUGAUGGAAGUACAUGGGUCACAGAAUGUCAGUCCGAAAAGAGAAGGUUUCAUAACUCCGGAUCGACCCACCGCUACUUCUAGCAUGGGAAUGCCGACGGGACCGAAUUAUGGUGAGAGAAAACCUACGUUCUCGAUGACACCGACAAGUAGUUAUUGUGAAAUUUGUAACAAAGAGCUGUGCAAUAAGUACUUUAUGAAAACUCACAUGCAACGAAUGCACGGCAUAGAGAUUGAAAACGGGGCUCAAAUCGGCGGAGUCGUGUGCAAUAUUUGUAACAAGGAGCUGUGCAGUAAGUACUUUUUGCGUGUGCAUAAGCAUAAUACGCAUGGAAUUGUAGAGGAAGGAGCCCCGCUUCCGCAGCCCAGGAAUAAUGGAGAGUCAGCAGAGAAUUCGGAACCUCCAUUCCCGGUUGACAGCGUACUGAAGCCAGGAGAGAUAACAGACGUUAGCAAUCGAUACUACUCACACUUUACGGAGGUUUGCCCAUUGUGUAGUCGUAGAUUUCGAAGCGCCAAGUGGUUGAGAGCUCAUUUGUUAAGUGAUCAUGGCAAAAUGGGCGUUGAUAAGUUACGUGAGAUUGAGCAUAAACUGGGUAGUGGUAGUAAGUCCAGCAGCCCUUCGCUGAAAAUUCCCAAUGGAGGAAUGAACGUGAGCACUUCAGAGCCCAAAUUCAACCCGAAGAUCGCAUUUGGGUUCAACUCUCCAGAUGCGAAGUUCCUCAUGAAGAAUCCGUUUUCUGGUUUGUUUGGAGCCGAUCCUUCCAACUCCAAUCUAGGACCAAAGGGAUAUCAGUGUUCGUAUUGUCCGUUUGCUACUCCACUUCUUCCGUUGUUGUUCAUCCACGAGAGAACCCACACUAGUUUGAGUAUUGUUCAGCAGCAGUUGCUGCAGGAGGAGGAGAAACAUCAGAUGCAGUUGCCUCCAUUGCACUUGUCUGCUAUCAAAUCGGAGUCAGCGGUUUCAUUAGCAAAAGAAAAAGAAAGUUUCAUGCUACCAACAUCGGUCCCAACAUCGGAAACUCCAUCGUUAACUCCGGCUUCGACUCCGGUUCCUUCAAUGUCCCAGGAAGCGAUGACCAUACCAACCUCAUCAGUUCUUCAGCAAGAUACGCCCAUGCAGCAGUCUCCAUCACGUAAAUCACCAAAUGCUCGAGAAUCACCAAAGUCCACCUCACCAAGAUCCGAACAAAACGGCAUCCUCUCGGAAAUGGCCAACCUUACCCAGCGGCCGGCAGUUUAUGCUCUGCCCCAACAGGCAGGGCCACUUCUGAUGCAGUCAUUCUUGAUUGAAGAAUCAUCUUCAGCUGCUUCCUCCAAGGAUGGCGCAGAGGAGCAAGGAACAUCCCUCGCCGCAAACAGGUUUGUACCAGCUGUUGUUUUCCUACCUGUUAAGGAGCGUAUCCUUUCUCCGAUGACAAUAUCGUUCACGCUUAGCCCUGCCUAGGGGAAGGGUUCCCGAAUAAUGGCAGCGUAAAUUGCUUUUGUUCGUGCGCCGUUUUCUUCCAACAGGGAAUCCGAACCGAAAAAGCAUCUGCAACAGUAGUUCGGUUCUAAAAUAAUGUUGCAGAGGUGUUUUGAACAGGAACGUGAGAAACAAGAAGAAUGAAAUCCGCAAAUACGUACACAUUUAUCUCUGGGGUAACCGGAAUGGAAAAGAGAGAAGAGUACAUUAAUCCUACUUAGAAGAGAUGGAGAAAAUAGUCGUAAGGAGAAGAAAAUCAAAAUGUAUAAAUAUUUAAUUACUAGUAGACGUAUCGUUGUGUAGAGAUGUCUAUUGAGAAGCGCAAGUUCGACAGAAAAAAAAGGAUUCACUGUAGAAAAGGUGAGAGCAGGUAAAACCAACGGUUACAAUUUAAUUGCAAAUUUGCACGUGGAAAGAAAGUAUAGAAAGUUCCACAGACCGAGAUUAGAUUCAUCUAUUAUGUACAAGACUUUUGUUUUGAGCUCAUCGAAAGAGAAAUUCCACAGAAAUCAUUCCUUUAUUAUCAACGGAAUAGCAGAUUUUCAAUUGAAACAUGUUUUCUACCUCUAAAUUAUGCUGAAGACAGACCGAAAUAAUGCUUGAUGUAGUGAAUUGAGGUAAAUUGAUGUUGAACAGUAUAUAAGCUAUUAGCAAGUUAUGAUACUAGCUGACAUAGAAUACUAAGCAUGCGAGGUAUUGAAGUAAGGAGAAAACCUUGGUGAUGUUCUAACAAAGUUCCUAUUAUGAGUAAAACUAGCAGAAAGAAAGUAUCUCUUCGGGUAUGAUAGAUUUUUUAAGGAUAUUUACCAUUGACACAAAAGACCGUUAAUUGUGUCACGCUUGCGUGUAAGUCUGAAUAGAAAAGACUUGAAACCGAUCAAACUUUAUUUCAGUUACCAAAACUCAAUAAUUUGCUUUCAUCUAUUGAUAAUAAUUAGUUUUGCUCAAACGAGCAUAUUGAAAAGGCAUCUUACUGUGAAUAACACUUAAUCAAAGGAACCAAACUAAAACUCAGGGUAAUCAAAGUACAAGCUAAAAUGCAUACCUUUUAAAACAUGGAGUAGAAAUGAACCAACAAAUCUAGUCAAAUUUCAGCAUUACUGUUAACAUUCCCAUACCGUUCGGUUACCAAUAGAGGCAAAAACAUAGCCUAAAGUACAAUUUUAUAGGGAACAUGGAGAUGCAAGCAUUAAGGAACAAAAAAUUAAAAUACCUCAACCCGAAAGGAACUUACAAACGUUGGAUUAAUUUAACAAUAAGUCGAAAUCCUCUGGUACGUAAUUAUUAAAAAAACUAGUCGUGAUUAAUUAAAUGAAAGGUCAGCAGGUAUUCUAUGCCAUCAUUGUAGAACUAGACUUACAGUAAAAGAAUCAAAAAGACACUAACAAGACAAGAGAGUUACCAGUUCAGCAAGGACAACAGAACAAUGCACUCCUUUUAGCAUAGAUGUACAUAAUCGUGAUCAGGAAACCGUAUUUUAUUUCAUAUUGACAUUUCUAGUCUAAAGUACCCAUUUGCUAGUCAAAAUCUUGAUCAUAAAACAUUUAUCAUAACAGAAGAAAAUCAAGUUUUGUUAAAUAUAUUCUAUUGCUUCCGCCGUUAUUCGUAGAAACUAACACUCGCAGCACGAGAAAAUUUGAAACAAAGUCAAAAACCUCUGCACUUGACCGAGGCAAAAACCACAAACCAAGAACACACUUCGGAAGGUUUCGCCAAGCGAUUACCAAACUAAACAAGAAAGCACCCCAAAAAUAAACCCGAUUAAAUCCAGGACACGUGACUUGUGUCACUUGAACCGGAACUAGGGCUUGAGAGCUAAACUCGGCGAUUGCUAUCGAACAAUAUAAAACUGUAAAACGCUGUGUGCCUUUUAGCAAUUGCUGACAUGAUAAAAAAUGAAAGAGAGUGAAAGGGACGAAGAAACAAUAGCACCACAUUCGUCGGUAGAGGAAACAAAAUAUUCAAGACAAACGUAAUUUGUAGAUCUUCGUUAUCGAAUUACCUUUAAUUAAUAAUAUUUCAUAUAUUUGUAAUAUUUAACGGGUGAUAUAUGAAGUGUUAUGAUUAAAAUACAGAUAACAGC